AUGGCAUCUGCUGCGGACCUUACUGUCGCCGUGGAGGGGCUCAAGCUCCAGUCCACCACGGAGACCUCGAAGUUUCCCAACUCCUUCCCUUCCUUGAACCCCAUCGAUCUCUACAGAGAGCAUAUCGCCGAGAAGCUGGGUGCAGCUAGCGGCAUUGAGGCCGAGAAGAUCUAUACCCGUCUGCAAUGGAGUAGCACAUUGGACAAGGGUGAUCUGUUGCUGCCGGUCCCCGCCUUGGGUAUCAAGGGCAAGAAGCCUCAGGACCUGGCUGAAGAGCUCCGCCAGAAGUUCCCCGAGUCCGACCUCGUCCUCCCUCCUACUUGUGUUGGUAUCCACUUGGUGUUCUUCUUCAAGCCGCAACCCCUGACCCAGACUGUUGUGAGCCGCAUCUUGAAAGAGAAGGCGGCCUACGGUACGAAUGGCAACCAGGGUCUCCGUGAUCCCUCGGACCCUUCCAAGGGCCAGAAGAAGAUGAUUGUCGAGUUCUCCUCGCCCAACAUCGCGAAGCCUUUCCAUGCCGGUCACUUGCGUAGUACCAUCAUCGGAGGUUUCCUGGCCAACCUGUACACCGUUAUGGGAUGGGAUGUUAUCAAGAUGAACUACCUAGGUGACUGGGGUAAGCAGUACGGUUUGCUUGCCAACGGUUACAAGCAGUUUGGUAGCGAAGAGGCGCUGAACAAGGACCCGAUUAACCACCUGUUUGAUGUUUACGUGAAGAUCAACCAAAUUGUCUCCCAGCAGGAGGGCCCCAUCAAGGAGCUGAAGGAACAAAUCAAGGCCAAGAAGGAGAAGAAUGAGGAUGUUUCCGAACUCGAGCAGCAACUGCAGAAGCUCGUGGACGCCAGCGAGGACGAGAGCGCUCGUCGCUACUUCAAGAGCAUGGAGGAUGGCGACGAACAGGCUUUGGCUCUCUGGCGCCGUUUCCGUGAGCUCAGUAUCCAGAAGUACCGUCAAACCUACGCCCGUCUGAACAUUGACUUCGAUGUGUACUCUGGCGAGUCCCAGAUCAAGAACGAGAGCAUGGCUGUUGCCUAUCAGGACAUGGAGAAGGCCGGCGUCUCCGAGAAGUCUGAGGGCGCCGUCAUUGUUGACUUCACCAAGCAUGGUGCCAAGAAACUUGGAAAGGCUAUCAUUAUCCGUAAGGAUGGCACUCCUCUAUACCUUACUCGUGACAUUGGUGCGAUCACGGAGCGUGACGAGGCCUACCACUUUGACAAGAUGAUCUACGUUGUUGCUGCGCAGCAGGAUCUCCAUCUAGCCCAGCUAUUCAAGAUUACCGACCUGAUGGGCCACAAAGACCUGGCUAGCCGUUGCCAACACAUUAACUUCGGUAUGGUUCGUGGAAUGAGCACUCGUAAGGGUACCGUCAAGUUCUUGGAUGAUAUUCUGGGAGACGUUCGUGACAAGAUGCACGAAGUCAUGAAGAAGAACGACGAGAAGUACCAGCAAGUCGAGAACCCCGAGGAGACGGCCGAUAUCCUGGGUAUUACUUCCGUCAUGGUGCAGGACAUGUCUGGCAAGCGUAUCAACGGCUAUGAUUUCAACCUGGACGCCAUGACCUCCUUUGAGGGUGAUACCGGUCCUUAUCUGCAAUAUGCUCACGCCCGUCUCUGUUCGAUUAUUCGCAAGUCGGAGCUGAAUGUUGAGGAGCUGGGCUCUGCGAACCUGGAUCUUCUGACGGAAACCCACGCUACGGACCUUGCCCGUAUGCUGUCACAGUGGCCUGAUGUCCUGCUGAACACCACCCGCACUCUGGAGCCGACCACCAUCCUUCAAUACCUGUUCAAGAUGACUCACAGCCUGAGCUCCAGCUACGAAGUGCUUAAGGUCGUGGGCAGUGAGCCUGAGCUCAAGAAGGCUCGUAUGGCUCUGUACGAGUCCGCUCGCCAGGUCCUGCACAACGGUAUGAGGGUGCUGGGUCUCAGCCCCGUUUCACGGUAUGUCCCUUUGAGUUGA